AAUAAGAUAGUUUUCCCAAUAUCAAAUGUGGGCUUGGUUACCACCAAUAGUGACCCAAAUCAAAGCCUAAUUGUUAAGAGAUUAGGGUUUUACUCUGUUCAACAGCUGGACUCCCCUUCUCUUGAUCCCUGGAAAGAGGGUUUUACUUAAAAAUCAAUCGAUCCUUCUAAAGCUGCUUGAUUUUGUUUAUUAGAUUCAAAAAUAAAGAGUGAAAAGGGCAAUAGAUUUGGGUUAAAAGAGUAAGUCAGUGAGAAGGCGAGGGGCGGUUAAAAGAUGGCAUUUAGAGGGAGGGAGAUGAUGAAGAAUGUGCUGAAGAAGGUAGGAGAUAACAAUUUAUCACCUGAAGUUAAAGAAUCUCUCAAGAAAUGCAUGCCUGAUAGCAAGGUUGUCAUGGGCAGAGCCAAGCGUGGUAUCUUUGCCGGCCGCCACAUUCAGUUUGGCAACCGCGUUAGUGAAGAUGGUGGUAACAAGACUAGGAGGACUUGGAAGCCAAAUGUUCAGGAGAAGAGACUCUUUAGUUACAUCCUAGACCGCCACAUUCAAGUGAAAGUCACCACACAUGCCCUUCGUUGCAUAGACAAGGCAGGAGGGAUUGAUGAGUACCUGCUGAAGACUCCUUACCAGAAAAUGGAUACAGAUAUGGGCCUCUUCUGGAAAGCUAAGAUUGAAAAGCUGUAUGAAGAUCUUGGCAAGAGGGAGAUAGUCUUCUUUCCACCUGAAGAUGAAGCCAAGUUCGAACAGGGCUUGAAAGAUUUGAAACUAGCUGAACGAGAAGCUCGUAGAGAAUUCAGACAACAGAUGUAUGCUAGGCUUGCCAAAGAGAAGCAAACUGACGAAGAAAGAAGCUAUGUUAGUUUCGUCUUGGCAAGUGCUGAUGAUUAUCCUGAUAAGAUGGUGGCAAACUAUUGACGCCUUAUUGUUAGGCUUACCAUGUUGGGCACAUAUUUUGUUGGUGCUGCCUCAUUUGGAAGUUGCAGUCUUCGUCUCUAUUGAUUCAAUUUUUGUGAUUGGAUAAAGCUGCCAUGACUAUUUCGUCGACGGAAAUCCUUGUACUAGUUUCUUUGUUUACGCAGUCAACUUGGCCUCCAACAAGUUUCCGGUGUUCUGUUUCCAAUAAGCACAUGAAAUUUUAAUUGUAAGUUUGAAGUCUACAGAAUUAGGUAUAAAUUUUAUUGUUCUCUUUGGCCACUCCCUCGUUCAAUUUUCUGUUUCAACAAUAAAGGGAUUACAAGCUUUGUUUGAUGAAA